CUUGGCACCCAUUUGCGGAGGUUUUGGUGCGGAGGAUGGCCAAAAGUGCGGAGGGUACCCCCCCUGUUAGGUACCCAAAUCAGUCGAAUUUUGACCCCUAACAGGGGGGGGUACCCUCCGCGGCGGAUGUUCCUUAGGUGUCCUCUCCCCGGUUCAUGCACCGUGGAGAGUCUGCUUCUCUGAUCCCAGUUGAUCUUCAGACCACACAUGGAGAUCUCGCGAGGCCACUCUUACCCGAUGCGCUGCGGACACCGGAUGGCGACCACCGGACAAAUCGUGCUGCACAUGCAAACCUCGGCGUCCAGUCCUCUAUUCGGAUCCUAAUGCGGUCUCACGAUACGCGACGAUUGAGGCCCGACGCACUGGGGCGGAACUCACUCACGACUUCACGUUUGUCGAGUGUUCAUGGAUCUGUAGCAGCCCAUACAUUCUCGUAAGUUGCUACGCAACGCAGUGGUGGAAUCCAAUCGAUCGUGUUCCCA